AUGACCAAGCAGAACCAUUUUCUGGAGAUACACGGCAAGAACUGCUGUGUGUUCAGAGAUGAAAACAUUGCCAGAGUCUUGCCGCCGGUGUUGGGAUUGGAGUUUGUGUUUGGGCUCCUGGGCAAUGGCCUUGCCCUGUGGAUUUUCUGUUUCCAUCUCAAGUCCUGGAAAUCCAGCCGGAUUUUCCUGUUCAACUUGGCUGUGGCUGACUUUCUCCUGAUCAUCUGCUUGCCCUUCCUGAUGGACAACUAUGUCAAAAAGUGGGACUGGAGAUUUGGAGACAUCCCUUGCCGUCUGAUGCUCUUCAUGUUGGCCAUGAACCGACAAGGCAGCAUCAUCUUCCUCACGGUGGUGGCUGUGGACCGGUACUUCCGGGUGGUCCAUCCGCACCAUUCCCUGAACAAGAUCUCCAACCGGGCGGCAGCCAUCAUCUCUUGCUUCUUGUGGGGUGUCACCAUCGGCCUGACAGUCCAUCUCCUCUAUACGAACAAGAUGACCCCCAACGGCAACGCAAAUCUGUGCAGCAGCUUUAGCAUCUGUUACACCUUCAGGUGGCAUGACGCAAUGUUCCUCCUGGAAUUCUUCUUGCCACUGGGCAUCAUCCUGUUCUGCUCAGCCAGGAUCAUCUGGAGCCUACGGCAGAGGCAAAUGGACAGACAUGCCAAGAUCAAGAGGGCUAUCAACUUCAUCAUGGUGGUGGCUAUUGUCUUCAUCAUCUGCUUCCUGCCCAGCGUGGCUGUGAGGAUCCGCAUCUUCUGGCUCCUCUACAAAAAUAAUGUGCACGACUGUGGCAUCUACUCCUCGGCGGACCUGGCCUUCUUCACCACUCUCAGCUUUACCUACAUGAACAGCAUGCUGGACCCGGUGGUCUACUACUUCUCCAGCCCGUCUUUCCCCAACUUCUUCUCCACGUGCAUCAACCGCUGCCUUCGGAAGAAAUCGCUGGGUGAAACAGAUAACCGGAGCACAAGCGUGGAGCUCACGGGGGACCCCAGCGCAGUCAGAAGUAUUCCAGAGGCAUUAAUGGAUGACCCCAGUGAGCCACGCAGUCCCUCUUAUCUGGCUCCAACAUCUCAUUAA